AUGCAAUAUGCAUGCGCAUCCCACUCAUCUGGCGCCAUUAAAUGCGUUAUUAUAGGCGAUGGCGCUGUUGGAAAGACUUGUCUUUUUCUAAGGUAUAUUACCGGGGGUUUCAAGACGCAACAUGAACCAACGAUUUGCGACGUGUAUGCAAUGAAAGUUACCUACCAAGAUAAGCCUUUUACACUCAAACUCUUUGAUACCGCUGGUCAAGAGGAUUUUGAACAUUUAAGGAAUUUAUGUUAUCAUGAGGCAAAUGUCUUUAUUCUGUGUUUUGCGGUUGAUAACCGGGACUCCUUUGAAAACAUUGAAAAGGUAAGACCAUAA